AUGCUUUGCAGAGAGAGUUACACCACGAGUUUGAAAAGCACUGUCUUGAACUACCGCUUCGAGAAUGGCCGGCGCUACCAUGGGUACAAGGACGAAGCAACCUACUUCUGGCCCAACGACGACGAGGAGAACGACAGGCUAGACCUUUACCAUCACAUUCAAACGCUCAGUCUGGACGGCGAAUUGCAUCUCGCGCCCAUCGGCGACAACCCACAAAGGAUUUUGGACGUCGGUACGGGCACUGGUAUCUGGGCCAUAGAUAUGGGCGACAAGUACCCCUCCGCAGAGAUCCUUGGGAACGACAUCAGUCCCAUACAACCGAAUCUGGUUCCGCCCAAUGUCAAGUUCGAAGUCGAUGACCUGGAACAAGAAUGGGUCUACUCUACCAAAUUUGACUAUAUCCACGUUCGAUAUCUCGCGUGUUCUAUCAAAGACUGGCCUAAGUUGAUGCGGCAAUGCUUUAAAUUCGUAAAGCCGGGUGGAUGGGUCGAGUUUCAAGACUUUGACACUCGGUUCUACACGCGCGGUGGUGAAUUCACAAAGGACACUAAGCUAAGCCAAUGGGCUGACAAAGUGGCCGACGGACUUCGGAAGUUUGGCGCAGAGCCGGAUCCAGGCGCCCAGAUCGAAGGCUGGGUCAACGAAGCCGGCUUCCAGAACAUUGAGGCGCGCACCUUCCCCUUCCCGGUCGGCACCUGGCCCAAAGACAAGAAGCUCAAAGAGAUUGGUGCUUUUAACUUGGUCCAAUUUCUAGACAAUCUUGAGGCUCUGACUAUGAGGAUCUAUCAGAACGCCUGGGGAUGGAGACCGGAGGAAGUCAAGGUGCUCUGUGCGGAGCUUAGAAAGGAACUGAAGAAUCCGAGGAUGCUGUUGCAGCAUAACUACUAUGUCGUAUGGGGACAGAAGCCACUAAAUGCUGCUGAUAAUUGA